AUGGCGCCGACCCCGAUAUCCACUCCCCUUCCAGGCUUCCGGACAGCAUUGGAUGACUUCCAGGACUAUGUCAAUGAUACAUAUGGACUCCAAAUUGAUGAGAGUAUUCCAAUCGAUCAGUUCCCGUCAUUCUUCAAAGAUGCUAGACUUAAUUUCGCUGAGAACAUGCUUCGUGGAGAUGACGAUCAAGUCUCAGCCAUCAAUAUGGACGAAACGAAUCUAUGGAACCCUCAGAAAUAUACGUGGAAGGACCUUCGACAGCUCGUUGCAACAUAUGCCAGUGCGUUGCGUUCCUCGGCACUCGCAAAAGGAUAUGUCGUUGCCUUAGUAGGAAGUAAUUGUGUUCGGUCUCUGGCUUUGCUUUUGGCCACGGCGGCGGUCGGAGGAAUUUUUACGUCACUGGCCACAGAUAUUGGAGAGAAAGUGAAAACAGCUCGCCGAGAAAAACUCGAUAUAUACGCUGACAACCGUUCAAAGGCUCUGAAUGAUUGA